UUCACUGCAGUCGUGACGCGUCAGUUAAUAGUCCACCGAAGAAGAGAACGCGGAAAUUGAGUUUUACCAGUGUCCUUGUGAUCGCGGCAAAAGAUGUACCGGCACAUUUCAGCACUCCAGCAGGUGUCGCGGCGGACGCUCAGCUGUAGCGUGCGCAGGGAAGUGGAGAACAAAGUCCCUGGGAAACAGAAGUUGUUUCAGGAGGACAAUGGGAUACCAAUUCACUUGAAGGGAGGAGCCAAAGAUGCUCUCCUGUACAGAGCGACAAUGGGACUGACUAUUCUUGGAACUGGACUUGUUGUGUAUGAACUGGUCAAAGCAGCAUUCCCCCAAAAGAAGGCGUAAACCAUUGUUUACGUGUCUUGUGCACUCACCACCCCGGUUCACAAUGUGUUGUAUAAAGGUGUUGGUCUUCAUCCUGUGUAUCCUGCUAUAAUGGCGUUCAUUACAAGUUGUUUCAUUAGAUCAAUAUUUAUUUCUUGUACUCUGAGGAACAUUAAAAAAGCCUCUCAUUA